AUGUUGCCGACAGGGCAGCUUGUGCAUGUAAUUAACUCGACAGAGUUUGACGAGCUUCGUCGUAAGCUACGGAUGCAAACAGCGUCUCGUCGAUAUCGCAAGCGGAAAAAGGAGAAAUCACGCCAGCAAAAGGUGGAAAUCCAGGAGCUCCAAGCGGAAUUGGCUCGCUUGCAAGAAGCCGAAGCGCAGUGGAAACAGUAUCAGAAACGCUCGAUUGAGUCUCUCCAGAAAGAGCUCGAAAUGCACGAACAGGAAGCCAUCGCUCUUUCAAAGAAGGUACAAGAUGGAGCGAAAGAAGAAUUCGAUUGGGUCGAGGUGAUGAGCGGCCACCUUCGCAAGUAA